GCCGCAAACGCACAGAACUCAGCCGCUGGAAAAUAUAAAAAAGUUUCUGAUUCGAGGAUUUGAGCGAAUAUAGGUUGAUACUUGGAAUAUUCUCAUUGAUGAUCACUAUUAUGGAGUUUCAUGAUGGGGUUCAAGAUCUUACUCAUCCUGUGGCAAUAAGGAUUAUUUGAUUGAUUGUCUGCAAUGACAACCUAUCAAGUGCUAAGGAAUACCAUUGCCAGCUGUGUCUUGGCCUGCCAUCGCCCCUCAGUGGACUAAGUGGUGGACUACAAAAUUUGUAGGAUUUAAAUUCAAAUCAGAGCCAUGGGUGACUCCAUGUAUUCCGACUUAAUAGCCAGACACUACAACUUCACAGGGAAGCUCCGGAAAGUGGAGCAGGAUUCCAGACUCAAAGCGGACUCUGUGGUUUUCAUCAUUGUAUGUUGCUUCAUUAUCCUUGAGAAUGUCUUGGUCCUGCUUACUAUUUGGAGGACCAAGAAGUUCCACAAGCCCAUGUACUACUUUAUUGGGAACUUAGCUCUAUCAGACUUGCUGGCUGGUGUGGUGUACACUGCCAACAUCCUGCUGUCAGGUGCCAACACAUACAAACUGACCCCCACACAGUGGUUCUUCCGGGAGGGGAGUAUGUUUGUGGCCCUGGCAGCCUCAGUCUUCAGCCUGCUGGCCAUCGCCAUCGAGCGCCACCUCACCAUGCUGAAGAUGAAGUUGCACAACAAUGGCAACACGUGCCGUGUCUUCAUGCUCAUCAGCACCGUGUGGCUGAUUGCAGCCAUCUUGGGCGGCCUGCCCAUCAUGGGCUGGAACUGCAUCCAGAGCAUGCCCAGCUGCUCCACCGUACUGCCGCUCUACCACAAGACCUACAUCCUGUUCUGCACCACCGUCUUUAGCGUCAUCCUCAUGGCCAUCGUGGUCCUGUACGCGCGCAUCUACGCCCUGGUGCGCACCCGCAGCCGCAAGCUGGUGUUCCGCAAGGUCUCCAACGGCCGCGGCGGGGGUAGCGCUAGCAGUAAGAGCUCGGAGAAGUCCAUGGCCCUGCUGAAGACCGUGAUCAUCGUCCUGAGCUGUUUCAUUGCCUGCUGGGCUCCACUCUUCAUCCUCCUGUUGCUGGACGUGGCCUGUGACAUCCGCAUGUGCGCCAUCCUGUACAAAGCCGAGUGGUUCCUGGCCCUGGCCGUGCUCAACUCGGCAAUGAACCCCCUCAUCUACACGCUCACCAGCAACGAGAUGCGCCGCGCCUUCCUAAAAACGCUCAUGUGCUGCAGUGUCUGCACCCGGCCCUCUGGCAAGUUCUCUCGGCCCAUCAUGGGUGCAGAGUUCAGCCGAAGCAAGUCGGACAACUCGUCCCACCCCAAUAAGGAUGAGCCAGAGUACUCGCCAAGGGAGACCGUCGUAUCCUCUGGGAAUAUCACCUCCUCUUCUUAAAGGGCCUUGUGGACUGUUGUGAGAAAAGUAGCUCCACUGCUUAGGGAAUGUGGAUGUGUGUAUAUAUGUUUUUGCGCAGUGUGCAAGUGUGUGUGUGUGUACAUUAUGUAUAUAUGUGUAUAAGUAGAGUGUGAGUGUUUGUAUGUGGUUUUGUUGCACCGUGGUUGUGUCUAUGUACAGUAUGUAAGUUGCCUCUUCAGUUUCCAUUUGUUUGAUCAUUUCUCAAAGGGUCUGUCUUUGAUGCAUGAGAAGAAACUCAUCAGAAAAAAGGGCUAAACUGGAAGAAAGUGAAUAUCUCUGGACAUCCACUAGCCCAUGCUAGAGAGUAGAACUGAAAGAGUGUUACAGUUUGUGUCCUUCUCCCCCCACACGUUGAGGACUGCCAGCACUGAACUGAAUAUUUUCAUAUUCAAAAGACAAUUUCAUAGGGAAGCACUUACAGUGAGCACCCAAAGUGUAAACCUGACCUCUCAGUAUUGAGUUCAACCAUGUUCUUUUUACAGAUUGAGAAGAAGCCAUUUUAGUCAAAGGUAUUUUGUAUGUAUUUAGUACAGCACUUGUUGUAAAAAGGCUAAUUAAAAACCAUCAACCCAUUAUAGGUGUUUACUGAUUCUCUAAGGUAUUGAUGGAAGUGUGACAAUAGUUAGCAGCAUUUAUUGUUCUUAUUGAAACGUUUAAGAAAUACAAUUAAUGAAGCUCUCGUGUUUCUUCGACUUAACUCUGCAGGCUAGUACAAUGUAAAUUCUACCCCUUGAUUAAGAAUGUAUUUUGUACUUGUAAUUUCUUUUAUUUCACUCUUGUUCGAUAAAGUUAUCUUUGUAGCGAUGCAAUGUAGUAGCAAUAAUAAUUUAUAUUCUGGUUGAUGUGUGACAAAGGUCGUCUUUCUUUUUCCAGUUAUGAUUUCUGUUUCACUGCCUUAAUAAAGGAGGAUUUUGUAGAUACUGUU